UACUUAACACUCUGGCUGAAACGUCUGACAUUUCCGUGCUGUUGUAAGAGUUCCUGCUAUUGCACUGAAUGGUUAAAAGCUGCACUCCAACAGGGCUUUUAUAUUGAUAAGUAGUCGCCUAUUAACGACUUACGAAAAGGAUAUAUUGAAUUUACGAGGGGACCAUGAAGGCAGCAUUGAUCCUGGAAGGCUACCUUUUCAUCACCAAGGUGUCUCAUUUGUGUGAGCUGCCGCCGCUGGGCUGGUAUCGGCGCUUCCUCUUACCUCACCGUGAAGGAUUAUUGUCUGUUUUUAAUCUGUUCGCGUACAGAGAGGCUUUAUAUCCCAUCCUGAUACAUUUCCCAGCAUGGGAGACGUCACAGAUUCAAAAAUGAGCAGUUUGAGGGCGUAUAAGGAACCAUUUGACGGAACCAGCUCUGAACCUGUGGAGGACACAGACACCACCAGCUUUGUGGCAGAAUUUUCCCUGCAGGCGAAUUAUCCAGUGCAGGUGACAGAUCCUAAUGCAGAUGCUGUGACACUCCACCUGAGCUCCAUGACCUCUGGAUACCUGAGCCCCUCCUCAGACAGAAUAAGACAGCCAGUUCAAGAUGUCGAAGAAUGCACCUGUCCAACAUCUACUUCACCAGAUUACCCCAAAGAACUGCAGUUACUAAACAGCCCCUGUGAAAAGUGCUGCUGCCCAGCUCCUCCUCCCAAGAUAAGUGACCUCAUGAACGACAAAGACCUCCUGGAUUUACUGCGGCUCAAGCUGGAUCCAAACCACUACACCAUCAAAAACUGGAAGAACUUUGCUAGUCGCUGGGGCAUGAGCUAUGAUGAACUGACCCUCCUGGAGCACCGGACCCAGGGCUCCUUGUCCCACAGCCCCACCCAGGAGUUCCUGCUGCGCUACAACCAGAAGACGGUCACUGAGCUCACCGAACUUUGCCGCAUCUAUGAGCGCAUUGAUGUGCUGCGACUGCUGCAGAGCUGGAUAGAGAAGGACUGGCCGUCACGCUGGCAACAGACUCAUUAGCCAGUUUGACUCUCUGUGUAUUUUUCCUCUGUCACGGUUGUACUUGUUAGGGAUUUAUAAGCUUUUUAUCAUUAGUAACUUCAGCAAGUUAUCUUAAGAGAAAGAUAAAACACUGACCAACAACUGAAAAAGUCCUGCGGAGAAUGUCAGCAGCGUUGGUGCUUCAGGUAUCACAGGAUCUUACAGACGGUAUAGCACUUACAAGACUUACUACUGAUUAAUAGUUUGGCUUUUUGAACAUUUCUAGCCAUGCUAGCAGCGUGCCUCUAUGAAUGGCAAUGUGGUUUCGUCUGACAGCCAAUCUGUCUGUUCUGUCAGUUGCUCCACCAAUUUGGUCCAGACUAAAAAACGUUGUAAAACUUGGUGACCCCCUGAUUUGAUUUUCUGUUACGCCAUCA